AUGCCUACUGCUAUCAAACCUCUCCCUAUCACUGUCUUUACUGGUUUUCUGGGCAGUGGUAAAACUACACAAAUCUUGAGCUUAUUACAGCGUGUUCCCAAAGACUACAAAGUGUGCUUAUUGAAGAAUGAAUUUGGUGAUAUUGCAGUUGAUAGUCAAUUGGCAAAGGAGACCAAUGUGGGUGUGCAAGAGAUGGUCAAUGGCUGCAUGUGCUGUGUACUUGUUGGUCAAAUGAAGUUGGCGCUUCAAGAACUAAGAGACCAGUACAACCCUGAUAGAAUUAUUGUCGAGACUAGCGGUUCAGCUUUUCCUGCUCCCAUUGCCUGGCAAAUUCGUGAAAUGGAGAGCGAAGGUUUUGUUUUGGAUUCCAUCAUUACAGUAGUCGAUUGCGAGAACUUUACUGGUUAUGAGGACACUAGCUAUACAGCCAAGUUGCAAGCUCAAUAUACCGAUGUCAUUUUACUCAACAAGCAUGAAUUGGUCGAUGAACGUCAACUAGACAAUGUCAUUGAUCACAUCAACGUUUUGAAUACCGAUACACCCAAGGUCAAAUGCGACAAAAAGGGCGUCUCUCCUGAUCUUGUGUUUGGUUUAGACACUCAACUCUUCAAGGUGGGCUAUGGAAGGGAGAAGCAUUUGGAAGAAUCUGUAUUUGAUCCUAAGCACCAAGAAAACGAGGUCGAUUUGAUCCAGAUCCUCCAAUCUGUCAAUGACAACAAGUUGACGCUCGAACAAUUUGAGACAUUCCUCAAGUCCAUGCCCAAGGAAGAUAUCUACCGUAUCAAAGGUUUUGUUCGUUUGGAUGAUGGUCAAUUGUCUAUUGUGAACCAUGCUUUUGGUCGAUGGACACUCACACCCGUUGAAAAUGAAGAUACUCUGGAAAAUACCAAGGAUGUUCAGAUCAAGAUUACUGUUAUGGGUGAUGGUUUGAGAAUGUAUACGGAAAAAGUCAAGGCACUUUUAAACAGUGGUGAGGGUGAUGUUCAGCUCACUCCUGCUCAUCGUCAUUAG